AUGUCAUCAAAUAACAUUGUCGUCUUUGCCGGCGACCAUUCCGGUCCGGAGGUCCUCAAGGCCAUUGAGAAGCACAGCCCGUCCAAGGCCACUUUCAACCUGCAGGAGCACCUGCUGGGUGGUGCCUCCAUCAACAAGACCGGCGAGGCCCUGACCGACGAGGCCCUUGCUGCCGCCGGUGCCGCCGACGCAAUCCUGUUGGGCGCCAUUGGUGGCCCCGAGUGGGGACCCGACGCCCCGGUCCGCCCCGAGCAAGGCCUGCUCAAGCUCCGGAAAGAGCUCCAGACGUUCGGCAACCUGCGCCCCUGCUCCUUCGCGUCGGAGCAGCUCGUCGACUUCUCCCCCCUCAAGGCCGACGUCUGCCGCGGCACCGACUUCACCGUGGUCCGCGAGCUGACGGGCGGCAUCUACUUUGGCGACCGCCGCGAGGACACCGGCGACGGCACCGCGCUCGACACCGAGCCCUACUCGCGCCCCGAAAUUGAGCGCAUCGCCCGCCUCGGCGGCUACCUGGCCCUCGCGGCCGACCCCCAGAACCCGCUGCCCGUGUGGAGCUUGGACAAGGCCAACGUGCUGGCCACCAGCCGCCUGUGGCGCAAGGUCGUGUCCGAGGUCUUUGCCAAGGAGUUCCCCCAGAUCAAGCUGGGCCACCACCUGAUCGACUCGGCCGCGAUGCUCAUGGUCAAGAACCCGCGCGCCCUCAACGGCAUUGUCAUCACCAGCAACCUGUUUGGCGACAUUAUCAGCGACGAGGCCAGCGUCAUCCCCGGCAGCAUCGGUCUGCUGCCCAGUGCCAGCCUGGGCGGCAUCCCCGACGGCAAGGGCAAGUGCAACGGCAUCUACGAGCCCAUCCACGGCUCGGCCCCCGACAUCUCCGGCAAGGGCAUUGUCAACCCCGUCGGCACCAUCCUGUCCGUCGCCAUGAUGCUGCGCUACUCGCUGCAGCUGCCCGCCGACGCCGUGGCUGUCGAGCAGGCUGUCAAGGCCGCUCUGGACAGCGGCAUCCGCACCAAGGACCUGCACGGUACGGCCAGCACAUCGGAGAUGGGCGAUGCCGUCGUGGCUGCCCUCGAGAAGGUGUACAAGAAGUAG